AUGUCUGUAGAUAACUGUUCAUUGUGCUGUCUGUGUUUCUCUGUGUUGGAGGAGGCAGCACCUCAAUCUCGCUUUAACUUCCGUCCAGUCGGCUGGUUGAGCCACAACUCUCGCUGCUACAAGUUUGUCAAUUCUCCCUUGUCCUGGUACAAAGCUGAGGAGCACUACAACAGCCUGGGUGCCCACCUGGCCUCCGUCACCAACCCCAGAGAGUACACCUUCCUCCAACAGAUCACACAGACAGCCGGUCAGAGCGUCGCAUGGCUGGGAGGCUUCAACCUGCAGGGCCAGUGGAUGUGGAUUGACCGUGAAGGUUUCUGUUACCCCAACUGGCAAAUCCUCUCCUCCACCAGCAGCUUCCCCUGCAUCUACUUAAGCUCCACCACUAAGUCCACCUCUGGAUGGCGUAAUAUCCAGUGUGGCACUGCUUAUCGCUUCAUCUGCUCCAUGAACCCAUUCAGCAAAUUCAUACUCAACAUCUGA